UAUAUAAUAAUAAAUAUUAUAAUAUUUACUGAAAAGUUGUUUAUCAGUCAGUGAUCACUAUUUAACACAUCAAACAAUAAACCAUUUAUUGAAGACAUGGACCAAAUCAAUGCUUAUUUAAAUUAAUUGUUUUAAAUUUGAGAUAUUUAUUACCAACAAAUACUGUAUUGAUUUAUAUAAAACAAUUGUGAUUAUUAAGACAUAUAAAUAGUGGUGAAAAUGGGAGGCGCUGUGAGUGCCGGUGAAGACAAUGAUGAGUUAAUUGAUAAUUUAGUUGAAGCCGAGUAUAUCAAGUCUUUAAAGAUUGAAAGCAUCUUUAGGGCAGUAGAUAGGGCUCACUAUUAUGCUGAUGGAUGUACUGAAAAUGCAUACCGUGACCUGGCCUGGAAACACGGCAAUCUACAUCUAUCAGCGCCCUGUAUUUACUCUGAAGUGAUGGAAGCCCUAAAUUUAGAGCCAGGUCUAUCAUUUCUGAAUUUGGGAAGUGGUACGGGAUAUCUAAGUACAAUGGUUGGUCUCAUUCUGGGUCCUUAUGGUGUUAGUCAUGGUGUGGAACUACAUGAAGAUGUAGUUGAAUACGCCAACGAAAAGUUGCAAUCGUUUAAAAUGAAUUCCCCGGCAAUCGAUAAAUACGAGUUCUGUGAACCAAAGUUUACAGUUGGCAACUGUCUCCUUAUAGACACGGCUUCAAUGAGACAAUACGAUAGAGUUUAUUGUGGGGCCUCCUGUCCUCCCGAACAUGAAAACUAUAUGAAGAACUUGAUUAAAGUCGGAGGUAUUCUUAUAAUGCCAUUGAAUGAUCAUUUGCUUCAAAUACGCCGUAUUUCUGCAUCUUCGUGGACCAUCAAGUCUAUACUUCCCGUUUCAUUUGCAUCACUGGUAGUCCCGACACAAAAUGAUGCCCUCAGGACUGUUAAAUUACCGGAUACAGAAUCGUUGUCACUUAAAGAGAUAUGCCGUUCAAAAAUAAGAAUUCUUAUAAGGAAGAAGACAGAGAUGGUUCAUCCAACCAUUACAUUAAGAAGUACUCCAAAAGGUAAACAGAAAUUAAUCAAAAAUAGAAAUAGCGAUUCAAAUGGAAGAUCGAGACGUCCUCCGCGAAGAGGCAAUCGUCGAGUUAUUAUUCCUAUAUUUGAAGAAAAUGACAGCACAAGUGAAGACUCUAAUAGCAAUCAUAUUCAAAGACAUACAAAUAGAGAUAAUUUAAACGAUUCGUUUUCGUGCCGAAUGGUGGCGGCGGCCGCUUCUUCUCUUUCGGCUGUUUUACAUCAAGUGGUCAAUAAUGGCAAUCGAGAUUUGGACACUAAUUCUAAUGAUUCAUUUCAAGAAAAAGUCAAUUUAGAAAAACAUGACACAAAUAUCAAUACAAUUGAUGAUAAUAAACCUAUGGAUUUGGAUUUAGAUGAUAAUGAAGAACAAGAAGUAAAUACAACUAUUGAGAGGUCGAAAAGGAGUAUUAGUAUAACAGAUGAUGAUGAAGAAGAAAAACCAUUAGCCACUCAAUCGACAAGUUAUGCCAAUAGCGACUCAAAAGCCUCUGUGUCUUCAAACUCAUCGAAAUAUCCUUUGAAUCGAUUCCGUCGGGCGACUGGACUUAUAUUUAAACGAAUAGCUUUGGCUGACUUUGACUCAGAUUCAGACACAAGUAGUUGUGAUCACGAUAUGGCCGUCACAUUAGUCAAUGAAGAAAAGGAAAGCAGUUGUGAUAAUAAACAAAACGAAUCCGAAAAUGAGAUAAAGAAAGAAUUGGAAGAAGACAAAGGAAGCUAUUCUUAUUUAAUGAAACAAAGCAUUCAUGAAUUACCGCUUCCUUUGGUUCUUAAGUCUUACUUGAAUUAUCACAGAAAACUCUAAACUAUUGGAUUACCAUUUGUUUAAUAAAUAUAUUGUAUAUUUAAGAGUAUUACUAAAUAU